AUCUGACCUCAAGGACGGACACAUGUUUGUAUUCGAACCCCCCAUUAUAGGGUUUUAUAUUGCCUUCAAUUGAGCGUAAUUGAGCCUCUCAACUACCAUUCUCUACCACCAAUCCCCUUCCGUCUCUUCCGCAAUUUACUCUGCGAAGCACAGGCACAAUGGUAUCUCCUCAGAACACUACCUACUCCGCUGCCGCUCUCUCCGUUCUCACCUCCCUCGGCGGUAUUGCCGGUUAUGCUCGCACCGGCUCCGUGCCCUCCAUUGCCGCCGGCCUGUCUGUUGGCGCCCUCUACGCCCUCAGUUACCUCCGCCUUAACGGCAAUCAACCGUAUGGAGAGGAGCUGGGACUUGUUGCUUCCGCAGUUUUGGGCGGGAGCGCAAUUCCAAGAGCGAUUAAGACUCGAAAGCCAGUGCCGUUGGGAUUAAGUGCGUUGGCAACAUACGGCCUCUUUGUUUUUGGGAUGGCCUACAGAGGGAAGAGAUCUUGAAUAAACCCCCUUCCGGGUUCCAAAUUAGAUAAUAGCUUGUAUGGUUAUUUCAGAGAAUAUCUGGAGAUAACACUUGACCAUCGCGACUCAUUUCAUAUAUUCUUGUAACAAUUCGUGGGUGUAUAACUCUUAAAUGCUUUCAAAAAUCAUAAAAGGAUACGUAUAGAGAUGAAUGUCAAUAUAUAUAUCGAGUAUACACACA